GACGUAGCUGGUCCAGCUGGAUCUGGCUGCGGGAAGCAGCCACGGCUCAGUACCCGGCCUCCAUCCCGGAAAAGGUUUCCUUUCGCUCCUUAUAAGGCGCUGGCGGGUCAGAGUGAGGUAAGCAGCGUCUGCUGUAUAACAAAUCCCUCAUUAACUCUGUCAAAGAUCUCCAGCUAGAAGCUUAAUAUGGGCAAAUCAGCUUCCAAGGAGUUUUCCCGUGAAGUUUUAAAAACUCACAACGAUUAUAGGAAGAAACAUGGUGCUCCGGGAUUGAAACUUUGCAGCAAACUCUGUAAAGAUGCACAACAAUACGCCGAGUCUCUGGCCAGUACCCGGGUGCUCAAACACAGCCCGGAAUCCAGCCGGGGACAAUGUGGAGAGAACCUCGCCUGGGCAUCGUAUGACCAACCCGGUGAGUGCAAACUUCACAGAUAA